AUGGGCCGAAAGAAGGGGAAAAAGAGCGAUGCUCACGUCGCUGUAACUCAUGACUCUCCAGCCCUUUAUGAUACCAUUACUUUAGUCAAAUCAAGAGAACUACAGAUUCAAGAAUUGGAAGUAUUACAGGCGAUAUAUGACCGAGAUUUGAUCAUGAAGAGCUCUACGCCAUUAUAUACCUACAUCUUUGUCAUACAAUUGCUGUGUGAAGCCACACCUGGUGCAUCUACGACAGCUCAAGUACUGCUGCAUUUUGAUUUACCACGAGCGUAUCCAAUGAAGCAGCCACCAAAUAUUACAGUGGAAGCCAAGCACGGAUUGUCCGACACGGAGACACAGAAAUUGGCGCGUGGGAUGGAGAAACUCGCGCUAGAGAAAGUGGGUGAUGCGGCUGUGUACGACCUCGUAGUUUUCGCGACUGACUUUAUCCAAGAUCAUUUGAAGGACCAAUCGUCAUUUUUUGACCAGAUGGUGACUCGACAACAGCAUAGAGAGACACAGGAUAAGCUAGUGAAGGACGCAUUGCUACUGCAACAAGAAGAACAGGCUCGAACAAAGAAUGAGGAAAUUCUGGCACUUAUUGAUGCUGAGAGGAAGAAAAGAGAGACGUUGAAGAAGACAAAGCGGAGACGGAGGAGACACCGGUCUAGUAGUAUUGACGGAGAGUUUGGUGGUAGCGAAGGUGAGAGUCUGUCGUGUAGUGACGAACAACAGACAGACGCGAGUUCCAAACGAGACGAAAGUGUGUCGGACUCGGGUGAGUCGGACUUGGACGCAUUGGCAGAUGGAAGACGAUAUUGCUCCAGAUAUCAAGGUGAUUUUAAGGAGCUAGGACUGCUGGGACGCGGAGGAGGAGGAGAAGUAGCAAAGGUACGUAACCGUCUGGAUCGACAGCUUUACGCUGUCAAGAAGGUUAAGCUAGAUCCGAACGACAAGGCAAUGAAGAAGAAGAUAUUGCGUGAAGUACAGACGAUUUCACGAAUGCAGCAUCGGCACAUCGUGCGGUACUUUCAGGCGUGGAUUGAAGGUGAAAGUGGACUGUCUAGCGAUGGCGAAGAGGGUUCCAAAUUGGAGGACAGCGACUUGAGUGACGGAGAGAAUAUGUUGAGCGGCGGCAUCAUAAGUACGAAAGACGAUUUGUAUGGCAAUGCAAGUCUUUCGUCUAGUCUUGAUGAUGGAUUGGGGCUAAUGACGUCUACAGACGAAGAUGAUGAUGACUGGCUAGGCACGAUGGGUAGUAGCACGGGGCUGCGGCCGGCAUCGUCAUCUCGCUAUACUCUCAGGAGCCUGUGUAGUAGAAGCCAAACAUCUCAGCUAUUUUCGCAUAGAUUUGUGUCCGGGAGUUGUCUUGAUGAUGACUUUGAGUGGGAAGCGCUGGAAGAAGCUCCGAUGCAAGAAUUUGACAUUAGUGGCGACGGAGGUGCUGGAUAUCACUGUACAACACAGACUUAUAUACAUCCUGAGCUUGUAAGUAAGAGAAAGCUCGAGAAAUUGUACAUUCAGAUGGAGUUUUGCGAGGGAAAUGCUCUGAGAGAGGUGAUAGACAAGGGAUCUUUAUGGAAAGACACUGACAAGAUCUGGACAAUGUUUCGCCAAAUCCUGGAGGCGCUUGUAUAUAUUCAUCGUCAGGGCAUCAUUCAUCGCGAUAUCAAGCCACCUAACGUGUUUCUGGACUCAGAGGGAACUGUAAAGCUGGGAGAUUUUGGUCUCGCCGUUCGACCUGCAAAAGCCACGGAAGAGGAGGGCAGUAACGGCGACUCCUUCCCUUCCGGAGAAACUGUGAUAGACGCGAUAUUGUCCAAGUCAAACGGGUCAUCUACUGCCGAAUUGUAUGGACGGCUGAAGCUGGAAAAGCUGGAGAGUACAAGGGUUAUCGGCCGGUCAAGCGUCCUGCAAAAUAGUAAUCUAGUGACGACAAUGUCGGCGGACGUGGUUGGCGGCAGUAUCACUACUGGCGUCGGUACCGCGUUCUAUCGGGCACCCGAGCAAGAGAGAGAAGGGCAGCGGUAUGAUCAGAAGGCGGAUCUGUUCUCGCUUGGUAUAAUGUUCUUUGAAAUGUGGUCACCGCCGUUCACGACGCUGAUGGAGCGUGCACAAGCACUCGUUGGACUAAGGGAGAAGCACGAAUUACCAGGAGCAUUCUGCGCGCCAGAUGAUGUGAAAAAGAUAAUUUUGUGGCUUUGUGAGCAUGAUCCAUCCAGACGGCCAAACGCGAAGGAGCUACUGGCGAGCCCGCUAUUGCCUGCAAAGAUAGAGAUAGAAGGAUUAUAUCUUCGAGAGGCUUUGAAAACUCUCGCAAACCCACAGGGCAAAUUCUUUGGGCAGCUUAUUGAUGCCCUGGUAUCACAGGAGCCCCUUACUCACGCCGACUAUACUUACGACCACCUAGAGUCCGUCAAAAUGCGCACCUACGAGAUCCAGUUACGCACGAGAACAUACGUCAGGAGCGUUCUACAGAAAGUGUUCCAGCGCCAUGGAGCCGUUGAAAUCUCAACACCGCUGCUUAUGCCGCGGUUAUCUGAGCAAAGCUUCAACAACAUCACCCUAAACACCCCGUCAAGCGCAUCAAUGAUGCUAGAUGGUAAUGGCGUGUCAGUAUCGCUUCCGUUCGACUUGACAGAGAGACUUGCUCGCUUCGUAGCACGGCACAACGUUUCACGUCUGAAAUGUUUCCAAUUCGACCGAGUAUAUCGGAAGAGCGUUGGUGGUUGUCAUCCGCGGGAGUUCACCGAGUCUGACUUUGACAUUAUUUGGGAUGACGGAGGCUGUUUUCGUUUCUUGGAGCUAGAAGGUAUAGAAGUGGUCUCAGGUGUGAUCAAGGCACUACCGAGCUGUCUGGGCUCCUACUAUUUGCGCUUCAAUGACGCUCGAAUGACGUGCGGCAUUCUUGAUCUUUGUCACGUUCCCAGCAGUGCUCGUCGCGAGGUGCUGCGGCUUCUUUCGAACCAAGUUUCAUACUAUGUGCACGCUGGUCCGUCUUCUACUCAAGCUCCAAGCCUUAAGCCAGGACGCUGGAAGUUUAUCGCAAAGCGAAUGAAACAUUAUGGAGCGCCUGAAAGCUCUAUUGACGCACUAAAGCCGUUCUUCCUGCUACCGGAGGAUUGCCUCACGUCGCUUGACAUGAUUGAGUUGGAGGUGCAAAAACUCUUUGCAAACAAUCGGGCUCGUGCAAACAGUGAUUCAGUGACAGCAGGAGAUGGUGGUAGUAGUUCUGCAUCUUUGGUAGACCGCAAACAGACCCAAAAGCGUGAUGCACAGCUACGACGCGUUGUCAAAGAUGUGAACGAGGGUACUACAUCAUUGCGCUUGUUGUUGCAAGGCAUGCAGUUUCUUCAAUUGUCGGGUCCAGUGUGCACACGAUUGGAUUUGGGGUUGAGCCCACGUCCCGAGCGUUAUACGUCAGGUUUCAUAUUUCAGGCAAUACUGCUGGAGGAAGCCACGUAUGGUGGGCAAAUUAGUAACGCGACUGCGUCACUAUUAUUUGCAACGACAAAUGACCAAAUUAUCAUUGCUGAGGGUGGACGCUACGACGCUUUGAUUUCACGCUUUAAGCUCACAACGGCGUACGCAAACGCCUCACCGGUCGCUGCAAUGGGUGUACGUUUUGCCAUUGAUAAGAUUGUAUCGUUGCUAGCUGAGUCUAUGUGUCCUGCCUUGUUGGAAUUGAAAUCUCGAGCUAUAGAUAUCUUGACGGGCGGCCGUAAGGUUUUGAUUUGUUCGGCAGGUAAGGCAUCUGAGACAAUGCUUUUUCGAAUGCAGAUUGCAAUGCUGUUAUGGGAACACAGUAUUAGUGCCGAUUAUUUGCACCCAGAACCGCUGCACCUUGAAGACCUUGAAGAUUAUUGCGCUCAACAAAACAUACAAUGGAUGGUGAUUGUGCAGAGUCACAUGAUGAAAGAAAAGCAGCAGGUGAAGAUCCGUGCAGUGAAGAACCAUUCUGACGCUGAUGUGGUGACAAGUGUGACAUCAUUACCAGAGUGCAUUGCCGAGCUACAGGCACAUUUUGGCAAAUGCUGUCACGGUGACAUUCUAGCUGGUGGCGGUCGUGGAACUGAUAAUUAUGGAGAAAGCAUGCACAGCAGCAGCAAGAACAGCAGCAGUGGCGGUAUUUUGUCAGUGUCUGGUACGACGUUGCAGCCAAUUUUUGAUGUACGGGUGGUUGAUGCAAAGUAUCAAUCGCGAGACAGGAAUUACCGGAAUUAUCAGCUUGAUACACAAAAAGUCACACGUCGUGUAUCAAAGUGGAUUUCCUCGAGUUUUUCAUCUCGUGGCGAUGAAGCAAUGAAAGUUUUGUCUGUCGAUCUUCCAUUUGCGCUUGUACGAGAGAUGUCAUCGGUAUUAAUGGAAGACGGACGUGAUGGGAUUGACAUUCUGUGCAGUAAGCAUUCACGAUAUCGAAAACAGCUCAAGUACAUUAUGGAAGAGAUUUUGACUUUGAUUCCUGACUCAACGUCACGUGGUACUACUGGUCGGGAACGAUAUGUACUCUUGCAUAGCAUGAUAGAUGAUCGAUAUGAUAUGAUGUCACUUACUUUGCCUAGAAAGUAUUCUCGGAAGAAGAACUAA